AUGAAGCACAUUGAACUCAAUUUUCAGUUUAUUCAUGAUUGUGUUAAUCGUGGUCUCCUUCAAGUGUCCCAUGUCUCCACUCAUGAUCAACUUGCCGAUGCGCUCACAAAACCUCUUCCUUGUCCAUGGUUUCAAUUACUCUGGACCAAGAUUAGUGUCUCAGAUGGUGCCACCGUCUUGCAGGGGAGCAAAAUGGAUUCCCCCCCAAUCCACGACAACACCUCCUUCAUCAUCAGAAGUCAACCACUCCAAUCAAGCCUAAUCCUCUCCAAGCUGGCCUUCCCUUUUUAG